AUGCUACAUACAGGUUUUGUUGGAAAGUGGUUGUGUAUGAGACUGUUACGGUUUGUCCUACAGAGCGCAUUGCAUUUUGGAAUCUCACCUCUUGGAGUGUGUAUUUGGUCGCUGGAAAUUUCAAGGCCAACCUUUGUGCGUACGAAAUCAUGGUCUAGCCGUUGUGAAUCACGUUCUUUGGCUAACGGUUUGCAACAUGAGUGGUAG